AAUGCAUGCAUCUGGCAGUUGUGGCAUGUGGGGACCGGCUGGAAGAGACGCUAAUCAUGCUGAAAUCAGCAGUUCUCUUUAGCAACAGGAGGCUCUGUUUUCACAUUUUUGCUGAGGAUUCCCUUAAGCCUGAAUUUGAGAAGACGUUAAAGCAAUGGCCUUCCUCAUAUACAAAGAAGUUUGAAUACAACAUUUACCCAAUAACCUUCUCAGUAGGAAAUGCUCAGGAAUGGAAAAAGUUAUUCAAACCAUGUGCUGCCCAGCGCCUUUUUCUUCCGGUUAUUUUAAAGGACGUGGAUUCUCUCCUUUAUGUGGACACAGAUGUUCUCUUCCUGAGGCCCAUCGAUGACAUCUGGCACAUCCUGAAAGAGUUCAACUCAACACAGCUAGCUGCUAUGGCCCCAGAACACGAAAUACCAAAGAUUGGCUGGUAUAGUCGAUUUGCGCGUCACCCUUAUUAUGGGACAACUGGAGUCAAUUCUGGGGUGAUGCUAAUGAAUUUAACACGGAUACGCAACACUCAGUUCAAGAACAGCAUGAUACCAAGUGGUUUGACUUGGGAGGAAAUGCUAUAUCCGUUAUACCAAAAGUACAAAAAUUACAUUACAUGGGGAGACCAGGAUUUACUAAAUAUAAUUUUUUACUUUAACCCAGAGUGCCUCUAUGUGUUUCCAUGUCAGUGGAACUACCGGCCUGACCACUGUAUGUACGGGAGCAACUGUAAAGGUGCAGAAGAAGAAGGUGUCUCUAUUCUGCAUGGAAAUAGAGGUGUCUACCAUGACGACAAACAGCCUACAUUCAAGGCACUCUAUGAAGUGAUACGUGAUUUUCCAUUUGAAGACAAUCUCUUCCAGUCUUUGUACUACCCUCUGCAGUCUAAGUUUCUGGAUACAGUGCACACUUUAUGUGGGAGAAUUCCACAAGUAUUUUUGAAGCAAAUUGAGAAAACUAUGAAGAAGGUGUAUGAAAAUCGUGUCAUUGUCUACUUGGGAGCCAACCACAGAUACUAAAUGUAGCUAUAUUUUUAUGCAGAGUUUUUCGUUCUUGCACCCCCAUCUCAUGAAGCAUAUAAAUGAAGAAUAUGACCUCUUUUACUGAACCUCGGAC